AUGGCGACGUCGGCGGCGGCCGCCGCGUCCAUGUCGGCGUGGGCUCCGGCCGCUUCGUCCUCGACGUCGUCCUCGUCCAUGGUUGGGCUAGGCUUCCUCUUUGCUUCUGUUCCCUUUGUAGUUUGUACAUCCCUUGAUUGGGAAUUUGCACGAGCCGUCGCCGGCCUGAAUACAGUGGUGCAGUUGCCAUUAACCAGUGGAAAUGUCGAGUCAAUUCUGGAUGAAGUGCGCCCGUAUCUACUAGCAGAUGGAGGCGACGUCGCCUUGCACGAGAUCAACGGCAAUGUCGUGAGGCUGAAGCUGCAGGGAGCAUGUGGAUCGUGUCCAAGCUCAGUGACGACGAUGAAGAUGAGCAUUCAGCGGCGCUUGAUGGAGAACAUCCUAGAGAUCAGCGCAGUCGAACGUGUUGCAGAUAAGGAGAUGGGGCUUAAGCUAAAUGAAGCAAAUGUCCAAAAGGUACUAGCUGAGAUUAGACCAUACCUUGCUGGCAAAGGAGGUGGCGAGCUCGAGUUCAUCAAGAUCGUUGGCCACAUUGUGAAAGUGCGCUUCACAGGGCGAGCUGCAGGCGUGAAGACUGUUCGAGUGGCGCUAACUCAGAAGCUCCGAGAGAAGAUCCCAUCCAUCGCAGCCAUCCGUGUAUUGUCAUAA